AUGGUGAAGGAGGAGUGCAAGGCGCUGCUGGACGCGCUCAACAAGGUGACCGCCUGCUACCGGCACAUGGUGCUGACCAUCGGCGGCACCUCGGACUCCCAGAACCUGCGGGAGGAGCUCAAGAAAACCCGGCAGAAAGCUCAGGAGCUGGCGGUGGCCAACAGGAACAAGCUCACCACGGUCCUGAAGGACAAAACCGUGAGUAAGGAAGAUAAAGCCGAGUUCGAAAGGCUAUGGGUGAUUUUCUCCACGUGCCUAGAGAUCCUGGAGAUCGAUAUGAGGAGAGCCCUGGAGCUGGGCCACGAGUUUCCGCUGAACGUCCCCAAAAAACACCUGAUCCAGACGGGCAUGAGCGGGGGAACCUCCGGCGUGGCCGCCCGCGCCAUGAGCGUCCAGAACAUGAAAUACGAGGCUGAGCACAACAUAGACGUGGUGGAUUUGAAAGACCUCGAGAACGAGAUCAACCAGGUAGGAGAGAUGAUGUACGAGAUGGAGAUGAAGGUCAAUGUCCCCCAGUGGACAGUAGAGGCUAAGCAAGACCCAGGGGCUGAACUGAAAUCCACCAUCAGCGUGGGCGCUUCCUCUAUUGGCAUGAUCUCUGUGGAGGAAAAUAAAUCCUUCUGCGACAUCAGCAAGGUUCUAGCUGGGAUUAUUUUCACUGCUGUGCUCAUUAUCGCUAUUGUCCUGGCAGUGUGUGUGGUAAAACUGUCUUAGGGUGGUGCAAGCUCUGACACGAGCGACCCAUCUCCAGCCUUCUCUGGAGUGUUUCAUGCCUCACCUUCACUUCCAAAGUGUGUUACUUGGAUGAGCUGACAGUUUUAAACGAACACUUGAAAGAACAAAGCAGAACUUUUGCCUCUGGAUAGCCUAAAAUGCACUAUUUGUUUCUUCAUGCUUUUUGAAGAAAAGGGAUGCAAAUCAGCCUGCAGAAUAGAAUGUCUUCGUUUACUGGACUUGUAACAGUUAAGUGAAAUAUCAGGGUAUUAUCACUACUGGCUGCAACAGGGAUUUGCCUGCUAUUAAUAGGUCACUAUUCUCAGAAGCCUGUGGUUUUUGUUCUUCAUUAGGUUCUGGUGUUUGCUGCUGGUCACUGUUUACAGGAUUGGAGGGUAACAUAAAUUUGAUGUCUAACAUGGGUGUUUUGUCUAACCAAGUGAAUAGAAUACUUUUUUUCCAUCAAAUACAAAACGUAUUUCUUGAGCGGAGGAAAGGGGUAAGGAUGAAAACCCCAAUAAAAGAAUGCAGCCAACCUCCAUCUUAAAUAAGUUAAUGGUUAGGGAGGGAGGAGAAAACGGACCAAUGUUUGAUACCAAGUACUGUUUGUUGAUUUAGACUGAAUUGUAGGGAACCCAUUUGCAUGAAUUGGCACAGCAUAUGUCAAUGACUAAUUGCUUUCCAAAUCCAGAGAGAAAAAAGGGAGAGUUGCAUAUUCCAAAACAUACUAGUAAGCCUCAUGGUUUUCAUUCACAUUUACCAUGAUUUUAUCUUUCCCUGCAGAAAGACUGAUUAUUGCUACUGAUUUUAAUUUUUCUUUCUGAAGCAGCAGUUUGUACUCCGUGAUUAACUAUGAAAACAGGAGCAAUGAAUCUACCCACAGCAGAUGCAGUAACAUGGGAAAAUAGGUUUUAGCCAAGAGAAAUGAUGUUAAGUUAAAGCAGACUUUCCCAGUGGGAUCCCCUCUCCAGUUGACAGGGAGGGACUGAUGCUUGUAUGUAUACAGCCACAUUUCUUCAAGCUCCCAAAUUGCAGAAAUCCAGACAAAGCUAAAAAUGUGUCUCAGUUUCAUAUCUCAGUCAUGUCUGAUUAAUCAUCUGGGAAACAGGAAGCCUGUAGGAUUGAUAACACUACAGUUCUGGAAGGGAAGUGCAACAGCAUAAAAUUUUCAAGUGCUUCUGUAUGGAAUUGUCAACAUUUAAAUAUAAAACUCUGGAAACAGACACUUACUUAGCAGAGAAGCUUUACAGUAUUUUGUAAAAAGGAUUUAUGUGUUAUGGUAUUUAUUAUUUACUUCUGGAAAUACCUUCUAGUGAACACUGUCCAUUCAGGAAUGCUUGGUAGAUGUGCUACAGUGCCAUAUGUGUAUGGGGCACUCCACAGCCAAAUAUAAAGACCCCAAAAUACUGGGGGUUUAAGAAGUCAUUUUUCUUCAUUGAUUAUUACAGGAACAUUACCAAAAAGUAAUAAUCAGACAUGUUUUGUGAACAGUCGUCAUGCUUGUUAAAUAAAACUGACAACAUGCACAAA